AUGAAGAAAGAUACAUUUUUAAGCACUGAUUCGCAUUAUAAUGUUGGCAGAAAUGCUACAGCGUGCCAAAGUUUAAUGAUGGACAACCGUGGAAAAGUUGUUGGUGAAACAACUGUUAUAAAAAAGAGCUCUGGAGGAGACUUUGAAGGCCCAUCCAACAUGAUGGAAACAGAAUGUACAAAGAGGAUGAUGUCAAAUUUUGACUUUACAAAUGUUUCCACAGUGGUUCAUGACAAUGACAAUAAAACGAAAGCCAUCAUCCAGCAAUAUGCUCCGAAUGCUAAAAUUACACUUGAUCCUCGUCAUUGUGUACGUGCAGUUGGCAGAGCUUUCGAAAAGCUUGAAAAUGGUGGAUAUAAAGAAGCAGCAGGAAAAGAAACUGUUAAUCAACAGAAAGAAAGUGAAUCACAGCCAGCAUUCCCAAUCAAAUCUAAAGCAGAAGAGCCGAAGAAACGUGGAAGACCAUUAAAACACCAAGAAAAAGUAUUUCAUCAGAUAUAUUCGAAAGUUAUUAAGUGGUUCACUUUUAUUAUCAUGCUUCCAAUUGAAACAACGAAAAAAAUUUUCCUAUGGAAGAAUACAUUAAAUCAUUUUAUCGGAAGGCAUGAAAAUUGCCUUCACGAAAAAGACAAAGAAUAUCCUGUGUUUCAGCCACUUACAAAACCUGAUUUAG